CUGCAAACCUUGAAGGUGUCUCGUCUCCUGCACAAGGCAUCGCCAUUGGAGGAGCUGAUCAUUGAAGGAUCCCCUAGAGUUGCAGAACAGUAUGAGAAGGCAACCAAAAAUGAUUCUUCUCGCAAAUUCUUAUCCCCAGGGACGAAGUUAUCUGAUUUCCCUGCGUCGAUCGGAAUUGGAAUUGGAAUCGGAAGAUUCCUUUGUUCGUUCAUCACAUGGAUGAAAGCAAACCUUGUUGUUCAACUCACCUCAUUGAUGGAGAUGGCACUUUUAACACAGAAGGGCUUGAAAAAUUCACGAAGGAAGUUAAACUUGCAGAAUGUGGGCUUUCAUAUGCUAUAGUAUCCAUAAUGGGUCCUCAGAGUAGCGGGAAGAGUACAUUGCUGAAUAACCUGUUCCAGACUGAUUUCAGAGAAAUGGAUGCUUUUAAAGGAAGGUCUCAAACUACAAAAGGUAUAUGGAUGGCACGAUGCGUGGGCAUUGAACCUUGUACUAUUGUGAUGGAUUUAGAGGGUACUGAUGGAAGAGAAAGAGGAGAGGAUGAUACUACAUUUGAGAAGCAGAGUGCUCUUUUUGCACUUGCCAUAUCGGAUAUAGUACUAAUAAAUAUGUGGUGUCAUGACAUUGGCCGUGAGCAAGCUGCGAAUAAGCCCCUCUUAAAGACCGUUUUCCAGGUUAUGAUGAGAUUGUUCAGCCCACGUAAGACAACUCUGUUGUUUGUUAUUCGUGAUAAAACAAGGACACCUUUGGAAAACUUAGAACCAGUUUUGAGGGAAGAUAUUCAGAAGAUAUGGGAUGCUGUUCCUAAACCAGAAGCUCACAAGGAAACACCACUGAGCGAAUUUUUCAAUGUUGAAGUUGUGGCUCUUUCCAGUUUUGAAGAGAAGGAAGAACAAUUUAGAGAGCAGGUGGCAAAUUUGAGAAGCCGAUUUUUCCAUUCUAUUGCUCCGGGGGGUCUUGCUGGGGAUAGGCGUGGUGUCAUUCCUGCUUCUGGUUUUUCAUUCAGUGCAGAGCAGAUAUGGAAAAUUAUUAAGGAGAAUAAGGACCUUGACCUACCUGCUCACAAGGUCAUGGUUGCCACUGUUCGCUGUGAUGAGAUUGCUAAUGAAAGAUACGCUUCUUUUGUGGCAAACGAAGAGUGGCACGAAUUAGAAGAAACGGUACAAUCAGAAUCAGUGCCAGGGUUUGGGAAGAAGCUCAGCUCGAUCCUUCAUGAUGGUUUAUCACAGUAUGAUGCAGAGGCAACAUUUUUCGAUGAAGGUGUCAGAACUGCAAAGAGAAAACUGCUGGAAGAAAAACUUUUGCAACUUGUCCAACCAGCAUACAACUUAAUGUUGGGACACAUUCGCCAUGGAAUCCUGGAUAAAUUCAAAAUAGCAUUUGAGAGUGCUUUGAAUGACGGAAAAGGUUUUGCUGCAGCUGCUCGUGAUUCUACUGAGCAUUUUAUGUCACAGUUUGAUGAAGAAUCUGCAGCCACUGAGAUUGAGCAAGCUAGUUGGGACUCUUCUAAAGUAAGAGAGAAACUUCGACGCGACAUAGAUGCUCAUGUUGCCGCUGCUCGGGAGGCAAAGCUAUCUGAGCUUACAACCAUGUAUGAGAAAAAAUUAAACGAUGCAAUAUCCGCGCCUGUAGAGGCAUUGCUAGAUGAAGCUAGCGAGGAUACAUGGCCCUCAAUUAAAAAACUUCUGCAGCGUGAGACUGAAAAAGCUGUUACAGGGUUUUAUAGUGCGCUUGCUGGUUUCGAAAUAGAUGAUAUAACCAAGGACAAAAUGCUUGCAAGUUUGGAAGGAUAUGCAAAAGUGUUAGUUGAAACCAAGGCUAAAGAAGAAGCUGGAAGGGUUUUGAUCCGUAUGAAAGACAGGUUCUUAACACUAUUUAGUCAAGAUAAAGACUCAAUGCCACGACUUUGGACUGGAAACGAAGACAUUCGAGCAAUCACCAAAACUGCUCGCUCUUCUUCUUUGAAGCUACUUGCUGUAAUGGCUGUUGUUCGUCUGGAUGAUGAUGUUGAUAAUGUCGACAAUACCUUGUCGCUUGCCCUCAUGGAUCCUAAACCGGCAGCUUCCAACAAUAAGAGCGGCAGUGUGGAUCCUCUUGCAUCAAGCACUUGGGAUAAGGUUCCGCCGUCUAGAACCUUGUUAACACCAGUCCAAUGUAAAUCUUUGUGGAGGCAAUUCAAAACUGAGACUGAGUACACAGUUAGCCAAGCCAUUGCUGCACAGGAGGCUAACAUGCGAGGCAACAACUGGUUGCCACCUCCAUGGGCAAUUGCAGCAUUACUCAUCUUGGGUUUUAAUGAAUUUAUGACCCUUUUAAGAAAUCCAUUGUACGUGGGUGUCAUAUUUAUUGGUUUUCUCCUUGUUAAGGCCUUGUGGGCGCAGUUAGACAUCUCCCGCGAAUUCCAGAAUGGAUUUCUACCUGGAAUUCUCUCAGUGUCCAUGAAAUUUCUUCCCACUGUUGUCAACCUUCUCAAGAAACUAGCUGAGGAGGGUCAAAAACAAACUACUACAGGCCCUCAGCAAAAUCAUCCAAAUCCACCAAGGAGCAGUACAAGCAACUAUAGCAACACAUCGUCAAGUGCUUCUUCUGAGGUAACCUCAUCUGAAAAUGGAGACAAGUAUAACUCCACUGGACAUCAAAAAGUUCAAUAAGCUGCCAAAUUAAUCUCAUGUUAAAAGCACGAGGAAUUUACUGUGUAGAAGCAUGAAAUGAGCACAUCAAGAAAGUAUAGGAUCUCUUCUUCUUAGUUUUCGCCACAAAAGUUUCUGCAGAUUUUAGGAUUUUUACUAACACAGCCUAGAUUGCGAUUCAUUUUCCUACUUGUAGAAGUUAUUUCCUAUGUUACUACAUAUCUGAGUAUACUUGAUUCUUUAAAUGACAAAUAUGAUUCUUUGUAAUAACUUCACAUCUGUUAUCAAUACCAUCUUUUAUA